AUGAAGCCAUCCUCUGGCCUUCCCAGCAGAAGGUGCAUUCCCUGGUGGGGGCUCCUGCUCACAGCCUCACUUUUAACCAUCUGGAGCCCACCCACCUCUGCCCACCUCACUGUUGAAACUGUGCCCUUCAUUGCCACUGAAGGCAGUUCGGUUCUUCUGCUUGUCCACAAUCUGCCAGAGAAUCUUCGACUCUACCGCUGGUACAAAGGGGAAAAUCCAGUCAGCAGCCAUAGAAUUGCUGCUUAUGUGAUAUCCACUCAAGCAACUAAACCAGGCUCUGCAUAUAGCGGUCGAGAAACAAUAUACCCGAAUGGAUCGCUGCUAUUCCAGAAUGCCACCCAGGAAGACACUGGGUUCUACACCCUACUAGCUGUAAAUACAAUUCAUCAGACAGAACAAGCCAUUGGACAGGUCCAAGUAUACCGGAUAUUACCUAAACCCGUCAUCACAAGCAAUAACUCCAACCCUGUGGAAGGUAAGGACUCUGUAUCACUAUUCUGUACACCUGAGAGUCAGCAUACAACUUACCAGUGGUGGAAAAAUGGUCAGAACCUUCCAGACAGUGACAGGCUGAUGCUGCUGAAGAACAACAAAACUCUCGCUUUACUCCAUGUCACAAGGAAUGACACAGGAUCCUAUGAGUGUGAAACCUGGAACCCACUGAGUGCCAGCCGAAGUGACCCAGUGACACUGAAUGUCCUCUAUGGCCCGGACGUCCCCAUCAUAUUGCCCAUGGACUCAUAUUUCCAUUCAGGGAGAAACCUCAGCCUCUCCUGCCACGCAGACUCUAACCCGCCUGCAGUGGUUACCUGGCUUUUCAAUGGGAGGAUCUUGAAAUCUGCAGAGGAAAUUGUUAUUCCCAAAAUCACCAUAAGUAAUACCGGAUACUAUACCUGCCUUGUCCAUAACUCUGUCACACACCUCAGUAGAACCACAGUCAAGAAUAUCACAGUCUUUGACCAAGUGACAAAGCCUGCCGUCAGCACCACCAGCACCACAGUCACAGAAGAUGCUUCUGUGGUCCUCACCUGCCUCUCACGUGACACUGGCACCUCCAUCCAGUGGAUCUUCAAUGAUCAGAUUCUGAAGCUCACAAAGAGGAUGAAGCUGUCUGAGAAAGACAGCACCCUCACCAUCGACCCCGUCAAGAGGAAGGAUGCCGGGUCGUAUCAGUGUGAGGUCUCCAACCCGGUCAGUUCCAGCAGGAGCAGCUCCCUCUGGCUGGAUGUAAAGCAUGAUGCACUCAUGGACUCUCCUGAUAAUCAAUAA